AGCAUCGUCGCAAGCUAACCUAACUUAGUGUUCCCGAUUCAUCGUCGGAAUGAUUUUUAAUUGAAUAUACCGGAGUGAUAAUAUAUUUCAGUGUAUGAUGCAAACGCAACUAAAACGAAUAUAUUUCCGUCCCGUCUUUCUUGAUAACUUGCAAACGAAUGUAAAUAAUGUCUUACUUUUAUAGCACAACUGUCACGGACGUUGACAGCUACGCGGGUAAGAAUGCACGACGAAAUAGCAUGGGACGAAAAGUAUCACUGAACGAGUAUGAGAUCGAACCAGUCCAUGGAACAAAACACCGUCGCAAACAUCCAGGAAGAAAUGUUUCUAGAAACAGAACCUCAGAAAAUGGGGAUAGCAGCCGCAAUGAUUCUAAGUUCCAGAUUUCCUCUGACAAAUACAGACGUCACAAGCACAAAGAGAACGAUACUAUUUUUGAUGAAAAUCGACGCAUGAAUGUGAAAGUUGAAGACUCUGUACCAAUCGAAAUCAUGGACGAACUCAAAGAAAAAAGUCUGCUAUUGACAAGAGCAAAAAACAAGCACGGAAAGUUAGAAAAAACUUUGCAGGAGAAACAAAGUGAAUUUGAAAAGGUGAAAACAUUGUUAGACCAAAGGGAAAGUGAAUUGCGUGAAUUAUAUGCUCGUCACGAAAAUUCCAUUCAACUGGUUGAGUCGCUGGAGCAGGAAAAAAUUAAUUGGUCCAAAAUCACAAAAAAGUUGAACGAUGAAAAUGCGCAGUAUAAAGAAGAUGUGUCGUUACUGAAAAUCCUGAUUUAUCGAUUGAACGUUGAGAUAGAACGUUAUCAGGACAAAAUAAGAAUAUCAAAUCCGGAUGAAAAUCAAAAUGUGGAAUUUGCACAACUCGAUGGGGCUGAUAUUGUCUCGGAGAACAAUAGAGUUUCUCAAUCUUGGGGACGUGUCAACUUUCAUGCUCUCGGACCUCUACUGGAAGCCUACCAAGAAAACCUGGCGGAGAAGGAACAAUUAAUAAAACAGUAUGGAAACGAGAUCAAUCAUUUCAGUGGGCGAUGCAAAGAAGUAGUUGUUGAAAAUGAAACUUUGCGGACGGAAAUCGAGGAAAUAACAUUACGGUACGAAAAAUGUAUGAACGAAAUGAAACUAUUGAGGGAGGACGCGACAAUCGUAAAGCAACAGAAUGAUCUCUUGACGAAACAAAUUGCGGUCCAAAAAAUCCAAAUUCAAGACAUCCAUGGAUUAUACGAGAAAAAGGUGGAAUCGAUGUCUCAAGACAACAAUAAAUUACACACGGAUUAUUUAGCGUGUACAACGGAAUUGAGUAAUUUACGUGGGAAAUAUGAAAUACUCAACGAGGGAUAUGAAAAACUGAAAAAAAAUACAGAAAAAACUAUGCCUGUUUCUGUGCAUACAUCUGCAAUUGAAGAAUGUAAAAGAUUGUUUGAAGAAUUGAAAGUUCAAUACGAUUCAGACAAGAAAAAAUUGACCGAACAAGUGAAACAUCUUGAAGAAUCGAAUCCACAAAGUGAGAGACAAUUGGUUAUCAUAACGGCCGAAAGAGAUCAGCUCAAACGACAAACGAAGAUUCUCGAGAAAAAUUUGAAACGAACUCAACAUAAACUAGAAUAUUUACAACGAAAUAUUUGUUCCAUUCAAAUUUCGAGGGAUUCGUUUAAGAGACAACUGCACAAAACUACAGCUUAUUGCGAACAAUUGGUGGACGAGCACGAGAAACUUGUGUCGGAAAGAGAAAGAUUAAUUUCCCUGUUGAAUGAACGCGAAAAGGAGAACGAAAACAUACAGUAUCUGGGAAAUAAUAUUGCUCACAGAAUGGGCAAUUUGAAGAGUCAACUACAAAGCGUUCAGAAAGGAGCGAAAGAGCAAUUGGAGUCGGUAGAAAAGCACAUCAGGACGCAAGAGAAAGGAGUGGGUCGAAUGAAAAUAGACUACAAUCGAGAAUUGGAACGAUUGAAAAAUCUCGUUAAGCAGAAAGAGGACGUGAUUGGUAAAUUGCAGCGAGAGAAAUUUGCCACGCGGGAUAAUUUGGAGCUGGUUUGGAGAGCCGCAACCAGCGACGACAAGAAGGUCAAGGAUGCGUUGAAAAACACUAAGAUUCACAAUAUUUGAGCUGCCGCAGUUUGAAGCAAAAUGUUACCGGAUCCAUAAGUUUACGACCUUUUCCAAUCAUCAUUGCGGUACCGUUACCGGAUGAGUCGAAAUAUCGUAUCAAUUUCACACAGUCAAAAAAUCUAGUCAUUGUUGUUAGGUUAAUUGAAACAAUUAUUAUUCGUUAUGCAAAUACGAAAAUGACGAUAUAAAAAUGCCGAAAGACUGACAGAUUUGUUAUAUUCGUAAUUUUUACUAUUAUUCUGGUUGGUGAUGAAAUUAAGAGAAUCAUUAUCGUGAGAAAUAGAUUUUAGCAUCGGGAUUAAAUCAACACAUUUUUACAUCGCAGUCAUUCGCUCCCAGAUUAUAGAGUGAAACGAAAAAGUAUUAUGAAUACGAUAAAUUUGACUCAAACGCUCGUGUAUAUUUUUUCUCAACUCGUUUUGCAGCUUCUUUCACCUCUCACCAUUUUAAAAAUAUAUUUAUUGACAACCGUCUUCAACCGUGUCAUGUCUGCACCACGCUCUUUCAGUAGACUUGAGAAGCAAGUCGAAUAUUGUAUUCGAUCGAAACAUCGAUAUUUUCGGCUAUUUGUUUGAUAUUGUACUUCGAAAUGGAGUUGUUAAUUCAUGCGUGGUGGCUCUCAUAAUUUUAUUACCAACUGUAGUUUGUAGUCAAUCAACAUUCAAUAAGUUGACAUGAUAAAUGCAUCCUUCAUAUUUGCAAAUGCCUGAAUAUCUGAACUCUUCGUGACCCUCCAAUUACAUUAUUACUCGAACAGACCAAUGACAAACUGCGCAAUCACGCCUCGUUAUAGUUGACACUUGUGCAAAUUAUAAGUCGUUCUUGGCCAACCGAGAGAAUUUCUGAUUCUCGUCUCGUAGAUUUAAUUUUUAAUGUUUCAGAUUCUAGUUUCCACUUUAAAGAGGAUUGAAACAGAUGCCUCAACUAUUAAUGUCAUUGAAUCUUAAUUCUGGAUUAAUCAAAGAUUGGUCAAAGAUCUGAAAAAUGUUAGCAUCAUCGAAUCUUCAUGAACAUUGAUUUUAAAUAAUAAUAAUCAUAAAAAUGUAUCAGCACAUGGUUGGAUGGAACAUUGUCGACGAGGAAUCAUAUUUUUUUCUUCAUAAUAUCGAGUGAGUUUGGUUAUUAUUUAAAAUGCACAUGAAUUUGUUGCAAGGAUUUUAUUGGGUUUUCUUAAAAUAAAUAUUGAAAAUAACUACAAUAAGCAUUGAAAGUUGAUCACAUUUGACACAUUCAAAUGUUGGUCAAACUGUACUUUCAUACUCGAUUUUGUCUUCCGGGAUUUCACGUGGAAGCGAACACGUUGAACUUGUCAUUUUUUUUAAAUAAAAGGAGUUUAAGUUCAAUGUACAUUCUAUUUUCAAUUGGGAUUCCUUCGAAAGCGUGGGAUCGUAAAAAUAAAUUUAAAAAAUAGGAAAUUCUUUUUCGAGACGGAAACGAUAAAGUAUUCCUUGAAUUUUGCAAUUGAAAAAAGAAAAUGUUAGUAUAUUUCUGAGUUUUAAAACGAGGCGUAAAAUGGGAAAAGGAUCAGAGACAAGGAAUAUCUCUGGUGACUGAAAGUUCAUUAUUCAAAUAUAUGCUACAGUGAGAGCAAGUGUCACCUGCCUUUUUUCAGUGAUGACAUCAACAACGUCAAGUGGCAAAGUCUCGAGAGUUUCAUUGAUGGUACCAAAGUCUACAUUUCCAAUGGCCUACCAUUAAUUUUCUAUUAUUGAGCGAGUGACAUCACUGUAAUUCACAUUUUACAUAAUCAGGAAUGCACACUAUUUCGAGCGUUCGUCGGUCACUAUUGAUCGAAUUUCGAACACUGACACUUUUGCGGAUAUAUGCGUUUGCACAUUUGUGCAAUUUUUUUUUUUUUUUACUUUAGUAAAAUUAUGCAUUCGAGGGACGAACCUCUAAAAUGAAUAUUUUGGCGACGUUAGGCAUUUUUAAAUAUCUAGUGUGUCAUCAAAAAUUAUGAUAUUUAUUUCGUCACUGAGAUUUAGACCUUCAGUUACGUUCCUAUUCGAAAAAAAAUGAAAUUAAAAUUAGUCAUGUAUCAAUAUUCGUUUAUUUAUUUCGUUUUACAAUGAAAUGUUUCAGUACGAAAGAUGAAAAUGAGCCGGAAUAUGAGAACGAAUAAAUGGAACAAUAAAUUUUGCAACAAAAUAGAAAAAGUUGACUGGUGAAAAAGAGUGUGAAUAAAUCGUAACAAAAAUAAUGUAGUUUAUGCGAAAGCCUUUGAACGGGGUUUUUCAUCAGGUGGUUCAGGAAUUCUAGGCACCUGUUGAUUUUUUGUUAUUGAAUACGUAACAUCGCAGUUCUUGGAAAGUGAAUAAUGAAAUUAUGUAUCCUCCAUAAAAAGUCAGUUGUUUACAGCAGAACCGAGUUGGCAUGUUGACUUUCGGCGUCCUAAAAAGCGGAAAAAAAUGUAUCUCCGUCUCUCCGUGAAGCAGAUGUAAAAAUUCAUGUGAUCAUGUAUUAAAAUCUAGAAAUGUUAUUUGAGCUGAAAAACUUUGUCUAAAAGAUAAAAAUGUUCAACGUCUACUUUCAGGGUUAUUGGAACAGCGUCUUCACAAAAGAUAACGCACAAUGAGCUACGCAUGACAUUUUCAGUUCGUACAGUCGACGUGAAAUACGGAGAAUUUGAGGUUAGAAUGUCGAAAUAUUACGUAAUACUGACAAUGGAUACAAGUUGCUAAGAAAUUUUUCGUUCAAUUGUAUUGAAAGUUCGAAUCUGGGCGAGUCAAUGUUGGGUAAAAAAUGUUUAUACCAAAAGAAAAGCCAAGCUCGACGAACUUCUCGUACUAAAUUAGCAUAAAAAUAUACACGUGUGAAAAGUUUUGUCGAAACGAA